AUGCGAUCCACGGCAACUAUCACUACGAGCAAUGGCAUUACUUGGUACUACGAACAGGAAGGCUCCGGUCCAGAUAUCGUCUUGAUACCUGAUGGACUCGGGGAGUGCGGGAUGUUCAGCAAGCCCAUGACAGAGAUUGCCGCUGGAGGGUUCAGAGUAACCACGUUCGACAUGCCCGGUAUGUCCAGAUCUUCUGAUGCUCCGGUCGAAACCUACACCGAAGUCACGGCACAGAAGCUGGCUUCGUACGUCGUCAACCUUCUCGACCAUUUACAGAUCACCACGGCAACCUUUUGGGGCUGCAGCUCGGCCGGGUCGACAGUGCUAGUGCUCUGCAAAGACUACCCCGACCGAGUUCGCAGCGCCUUGGUCCACGAAGCACCAACUACGCUGAUGGACUUCUUACUCGAGCUAGACAAUCAUGACGACGAAGCUAUCUCUCAAAAGCUCGAUGUCAUCAAUCGGUCAAUGCAGAAUUUCCAGGAAGCUUGGGAAGGACUGGGCCCCGAAGUGCACGCACGGCUGUGGAAGAACUAUCCUGUCUGGGCACGGGGAUAUCCACGAACGAUUCCACUGUCGACGCCAAUCAACGAUCUCGAGACAGUGGCACAGAGACCGUUGUUUUGGACUGUCGGAGGUGAGACGCCAAUGGCCCUGUUCUUCGAGAACGUUAUGGGUGCGACCAAAGCUGGAAUUGAAAUCAAAUUGCUUCCAGGCGGGCACUUGGUAUAUGUGAGCCAUCCACACGAAUUCGCAAAGCACGUAGUUGAGCAGGCUAGUAAAUACCGUCACGAGAGGUAG